CCGGAGUGCAUCUUCGCGCCGUCCGUCACGCCUUCUGCCCUCCUCCUGCAUACAGUGCACCAGACGUUGGAGCUGUGCCUGAUAGCGCCAUAGCGAAGUAUAAAGGUUGCGGUCGCUCUCACCGACCGGCCUACCUCUCUCGGCGUGCUCCCUCUCGAAGAGCCUCAGCCCCCCGUCUCCUACGAGCGCCCCGCCUUGCACGAUGGCCGCCUUUGACGCGCCGAUCCUCAAGAAGACGCAGCCCCCGGUCGCUACGGCGCACUCGGACAGCUUCCUGUCCGAGUCAGAGAAGGACAAGGACUCUGGCAUUGACAAGGACUCGGAAAAGGAUAAAGAGGCGGGACAUGUGCAGCCGCCCGUCGAGGUCGCGACCAACGACGUUGGUGAGGUGUUCGACGAUGUGCGAGUGAUUGACUUGGAUGAGAACGGGAAGGAGCGUCCGAUUGAGAGUGCUCGCGACUAUGCCACGCGCUUGCUCUCCUUGGAGGAUGACCCAUCCCUACCGAUAUUCACCAUCCGGACCGUCAUUCUGGGAAUUGGCUUCGCUGCUUUCGCUUCGGUGCUAGGCCAGCUCUUCUACUUCCGUCCGCAGACCAUCAGUGUCAGUCAGCUGUUCCUACAGAUCUUCGCGUUCAUAAUUGGAAAGGCGAUGGAGGAGGUCAUCCCCGGAACCAACCCCAACUCACGGUUCCCUCUGCGGGAUUCGUGGUGGGCUCGCUUCCUCAACCCUGGCCCCUUCAACAUCAAGGAGCACGUUGCAAUCACCAUCAUGGGCGCCACUUCCAGCGACUCCGCACUUGCUAUCAGUAUCUUCGCCGCACAAGAUUUGUACUACAACGUCAAGCCUAACGCCGCAACCGCCAUCUUCACCCUCAUCGGGUCGCAGCUCAUCGGCUAUGGUCUCGCGGGCAUGAUGCGCGUCUUCCUUGUCUGGCCCACCUUCGCCGUCUACCCGCAUAUCAUCCCCACCGUCCAGCUCUUCGACGUCCUGCACAGAGGCCAGAAGUUCUUCCUCCAAAAGAAGCGCGUCCGCUUCUUCUGGGGCACCCUCGCUGCGAUCUUCGUCUGGGAAUGGUUCCCCGAGUACAUCGCGCCGACGCUCACUGGUGUCAGCAUAUUCUGCCUGGCGAAUCAGGACUCGCCCUGGUUCUCGCGCAUCUUCGGUGGCGCGACGGGCAAUGAGGGCCUUGGCAUGUUCUCGCUGUGUUUCGACUGGAACUAUGUGGGCGCGGGUGGUGGGGCGAUUGGCUCGUUGUUCACGCCACUGUCGACCCAAAUGUCGAUGUACGCGGGAACCGCGGUUUGCAUCAUCGCCUUCUGCGCAGUUUACGCGCAAAACGUAUGGAAAUCGCAGAACUUCCCCUUCCUCUCUCAGCUCUUGUUCUAUGAGAACGGUACCGAAUACAAUCAGCUGCUUAUCCUCAACGACGACUUCACGCUCAACUCUACAAAGCUUGCCGAGCAAGGUCUGCCAUACUACGCUGGCUCGCAAGUGCUCUUCAAGGUUUCGCGAACAAUGUACAUUGGCGCGGCCAUCAUGCACUUCGUCGUGUGGCACUCAAAGGAUGUCUGGAAGUUGCUGAAGCAUACGAAGUCUGAGGAGAUCGACGACCCGCACUACCAGAAGAUGCAGGUAUACAAGGAAUGCCCACUGUGGUGGUACGCAGCGUUGUUCGUAGCCUCGUUCGCGAUGGCAAUCGCAACCAGCUACACCGCUCACUCUGGACUUCCCUGGUGGGCCCUCAUUGUCUCCCUCCUCGUCGCCGCCUUCCUCCUUCCCAUCAUCGGCACCCUCUACUGCACCGUCGGCUACGCGCCCUCCAUCGAGAUCCUCAUCGAGAUGAUCGGCGCCGCCAUGGUUCCCGGCAAGCCCGUCGCGAACAUGUACGCCACGCUCUACGGCUACAACUCCGUCACGCAGGCGACCUCGCUCCUCCGCGACCUCAAGAUGGGCCAGUACACGAAACUGCCGCCGCGCGUGACAUUUGCGUGCCAGGUCCUCGGCAGCAUCAUUGGCGGCGUGCUCAACUUCGUCGUCGCAAACAAUGUGCUGACGGCGAACCGGGAGGUGCUGCUGGAUGUGCAGGGGAGUAAUGUGUGGAGCGGGCAGAACAUCCAGUCGUACAAUACCGGUGCCAUCGCAUGGGGAGCCCUCGGCAAAGACUUGUACAAGCCGGGUACGCAGUACGGCUUCGUCCCCUGGAUGAUCCUCGUCGGUCUCGUCUGGCCCAUCCCUUUCUGGCUCGCGCACAGGCGCUGGCCAAAGUUCGGCUUCGACAAGGUCUUUACUCCCAUCUUGACGGCCGAGUUGGGUAUUCUGAGUGUCGGCAUCAACUCGGGUAUCUUCAUGUCCUUCCUCCUCGCCGUCUUCUCCCAGUACUACCUCCGCAAGUACCGUGCGCGCUGGUUCCGCAAGUACAACUUCCUCCUCUCGGCCGCGCUCGACGGCGGCACACAGAUUAUGGUCUUCGUGUACUCCUUCGCGGUCGGCGGUGCUUCAGGGAGCGCGACACCCUUCCCCACAUGGGCCCUGAAUCCCGCGGGAAAUCCGGACUACUGCAAGCGGUUGACAUGAUAUUGACAUUGUCCUUGCACAGCCUAAUUUUCCUCACACCCUCACCUACUAACCCACCACCAUCCCUGCCCCUCUUCUUACUCCCCUUUUACUCGCCGCUGUUUUGGGAUGCCUUUUGGCUUGUGUUGUAACUUGUAGUUGUUCAUGAUAAAUUCGGAUUGUUCGAGUAGAGGUUUGUCAA